AUGGUGAGAACACUGUUGACCAGCUUUGGUUCACCCCGAUCCCUCAUAAAAUGUCGGAUAAUAUCCAAAUUAUCACCACGAAGAUUCUACACUUCUUACAAUCCGGCUAUAUCAGGUCUGACAACGGAACAGGAGGAAUUCAGAGAGACAGUAGCAUCAUUCGCCCAACGAGAAAUCGCUCCCCGAGCAGAAGAAAUAGACAAAACCAAUCGAAUGCCCGAUGAUAUCUUCCCAAAACUGGGAGCAAUGGGAUUGUUGGGGGUUACGGUACCUGAGAAACUAGGAGGAUUAGGGUUAGGUUAUCUUGAACAUACCAUAGCUAUGGAAGAGUUGAGUAGAGCGUCAGCUUCGGUGGCUUUGUCGUAUGGUGCACAUUCAAAUCUCAUGGUAAAUCAGUUAACUCGGUGGGGCAACGAAGAGCAAUUGAGGAAAUACCUCCCUCCUCUACUCACCGGAGAACAUAUCGGCUCACUUGCAAUGUCUGAACCUGAAGCAGGGAGUGACGUAGUUUCAAUGAGAACCAAAGCGGAGAAGAUAGGUGACAAGUGGGUGUUGAACGGGAGCAAGUGCUGGAUCACCAAUGCUCCGUUAUCUUCGACAUUCCUGAUCUACGCCAAGAGCGACACUACCGGUCCACCGAGCAAAGGCAUCACAGCUUUCUUGGUAGAGAGAGGAUGGAAGGGGUUUCAAGUUGGGGAGCAUCUGGAUAAAUUUGGCAUGAGAGGUUCCCCCACUGCCGAGCUUUUCUUCGAUAACGUUGAGAUACCCCAAGAAAAUGUCCUGGGGACUGUGGGAAAAGGAGCAAAUGUCCUCAUGUCGGGUUUGGAUCUUGAACGUUUGGUACUAUCUGGUGGACCUCUCGGAAUCAUGCAAGCUGCUCUGGACUUUACAUUAGAGUAUACACAUGAUCGACAACAAUUCGGAAAGCCAAUAGCGACGUUUCAAUUGAUGCAGGGGAAGCUUGCGGACAUGUACACCAAAUUGAGCGCUUCGAGAGCUUAUGUAUACGCCGUGGCUAGAGCUUGUGAUGCUGGGCAUGUUUCCCGACAGGAUUGUGCCGGGGCAAUUUUGUAUUCUUCCGAUAGGGCUGUCGAAGUUUCCAUGGAAGCUCAACAAUGUCUUGGUGGAAAUGGGUAUAUAAAUGAUUAUCCAGCUGGGAGAUUAUUGAGGGAUUCUCGGUUGUACACCGUAGGAGCGGGUACGCAGGAGAUUAGGAGGAUGUUGAUUGGUCGUGGAUUCAACGAGAUCUUCCACGAGGCAAGAGGGAACGCAGUAGCUCAAUGA